GCACAGAUUAGUCCGGGCUGCGCGGCGCAGAGGGCGGCGUGGACGCCAUUUUGUGAGGAGCUCGGAGUGGGGCGGCUGCGGAGAGAUAGUGAGAGUGACGCGGAGCCGUAUUGGGGUCUAGCGGGCAGCGAGGCGAAACCCCAUCCCUUCUCACUGGAGCUCAGCUUCGUUUUAACCCCCCCUCCCCACACAUGCACACCUCCCAAUUUUAUAGAGCCAUUUUAACGGUGUCCCCGUGGCCUAGCGCUCCCUGCGCCAAACCGGAGCUGGAUUUAAGAUGUAAUUUUUAAAGUCUCUAUCUCUAUUUUUUCUGCAGCAGCUGGGUGAGAUUUUUUUGAUCUUCAGCUACAGUAAGUUAUUCCAAUUUUUUUUUCCAUUUUUCCUGCCUUUCCACUGAUUUCCUUUUUAUUGUUGUUGCUAGUUACUAUUACUAUUAUACUACUAUAAUGCUGAUGACUUGACUAUGCUGAUAUGUUGCUGAUGGUGAUGAUAAUGACACUGCUGAUUUUUAACCGGAUGAAAUCGAGUUUUUCUGAGUGUUCCUGACUGUGGAAGGUUUUUAAAUUUUUAAAGUGGAUUGAUCACGCUAACUCUUUUUUUUCCCCCCUGACUGCCUGGCUGCUGAGAGUGGGACCUGGUUUCUCCUGAAUUGUUUUAGAACAUCUCUGGAAGUCUGUAUUUUUUUUUAUUUUUUUAUUUUUUAUUUUUAAUCUUUCAUUUGUACAAUUUUUAAACUGUUGCUGCAAUAUGAUAUCUGUGGUGCUUAUCGCUCCUGAUAGCGAUGGCCCUUCCCCAAACAGCCCCUCUCCUCCUUUGACCCCCAAACCCUCCUCCCGCUCUUCCUCUACGCCGUCCUUCCCUCACAAACAACCCACCACAACGACAUGGACACCCAGCCCGGAGCAGCAGCGGCAGCUGGUGGUACCACGUGCGGCGCAGAUACAAAUCCAUCCUGGGCCAUGCAGGUCCGUGCUGCGUGUGAGACAUGGCCAGCAACGUCACCAACAAGACAGACCCGCGCUCCAUGAACUCGCGUGUAUUCAUCGGGAAUCUCAACACACUGGUGGUGAAGAAGUCUGAUGUGGAGGCUAUCUUCUCCAAGUAUGGCAAAAUUGUGGGCUGCUCUGUGCACAAGGGCUUUGCCUUCGUGCAGUACGUCAACGAGCGGAAUGCCCGCGCUGCUGUGGCCGGGGAGGAUGGCCGGAUGAUCGCAGGCCAGGUUCUAGACAUCAACCUGGCGGCUGAGCCGAAGGUGAACCGGGGCAAGGCGGGCGUGAAGCGGUCGGCAGCGGAGAUGUACGGGUCAGUAGCUGCACCACCUUCUCCGUCCCCUCUAGUCAGGUCCUCCUUCGACCUGGACUAUGAUUUCCAGCGGGAUUACUAUGACAGGAUGUACAGCUACCCAGCACGUGUGCCCCCACCUCCCCCCAUCGCCCGGGCUGUGGUGCCCUCCAAACGCCAGCGUGUCUCUGGCAACACCUCUCGCCGAGGCAAGAGUGGCUUUAAUUCCAAGAGUGGUCAGCGAGGAUCGUCCUCCAAGUCUGGUAAAUUGAAAGGUGAUGACAUCCAGACCAUUAAGAAGGAGCUGACCCAGAUCAAACAGAAAGUGGAUUCGCUGCUGGAGAGCCUGGAAAAGAUUGAGAAGGAUCAAAGUAAACAGACGGAGAUGAAGAAUGAGAAGUCUGAGGAGGAGCAGAGCAGCAGCUCCAUGAAGAAGGAGGAGAGCAACGUGAAGAUGGAGUCUGAGGCUGGGGCAGACGACUCUGCUGAGGAGGGGGACCUGCUGGACGAUGACGAUAAUGAGGAUCGAGGGGAUGACCAGCUGGAAUCCAUCAAGGGUGACGAGAAGGAGGCGGAGGAAGGAGAGGACGACAGAGACAGUGCCAAUGGUGAAGAUGACUCCUAAGCCACUGGCGUAACCCCCCCAGCAAGGCGCCCACCUGAGAUUGAGCCUGUCACUGGCCCCUCCCCAGCCUCCUUCUCACUGCCCGUCCAUGUGUUCAUGGUGUUGUCUCCAGCCGCACCCCUGGCUCACCCCAUAGUUCUGUUAAAUCCCCUGUCAUUUUCCUCUUUUAAUUUUGAUACCUCUAUGAUUUAACAAUAAAAAAAAGUAUGGUUUUUA